CGAAGAGGAGUUGGUGCCGGAGCUAUUGCCAAAAAGAAGCUUGCAGAGGCCAAAUAUAAAGAAAGAGGAACCGUUCUUGCAGAGGACCAGAUUGUCCAGAUGUCCAAGCAGCUGGAAACAUUCAAGUCCAACCUGGAGGAGUUCGCCAGCAAGCACAAGCAGGAGAUCCGAAAGAACCCGCAGUUCAGGGUCCAGUUCCAGGAAAUGUGCGCCACCAUUGGCGUCGACCCGCUCGCCUCCGGGAAAGGGUUUUGGUCCGAGAUGCUGGGCGUUGGGGACUUCUACUACGAGCUGGGCGUGCAGAUAAUUGAAGUUUGCCUCGCCCUGAAACACAGAAAUGGAGGGUUGAUUACUCUGGACGAGCUCCAUCAGAGAGUGCUGAAGGGUCGGGGGAAGUACGCUCAGGAUGUGAGCCAAGACGACUUGGUCCGAGCCAUAAAGAAGCUGAAGGUGAUGGGGAACGGGUUCGGCAUGAUCCCUGUGGGUGGAUCCUACCUGGUCCAGUCGGUCCCGGCGGAGCUCAACAUGGAUCACACGGUGGUUCUGCAGCUGGCCGAGAAAAAGGGAUUCGUCACAGUGAGCGAGAUCACGGACAGCCUCAAGUGGGAGAAGGAACGGGCCGGCCACGUGUUGGAUCAUCUGCUGAAAGAGGGCCUGGCUUGGCUGGACUCCCAGGCGGCCGGGGAGCCGCAGUACUGGCUGCCGGCCCUAUUUUCAGAGCUCACGUCCCGUGAUGUCACUCCGGAGGAAGCCAAUCAGAUGACGCCCUGA